AGAGGGUGAUGAUGGCUGCGCUCAUGAGAAGCAUGCUGCGCUGUAGCCGGCUGAACUUAGUUCAGGUAUCCGGGAAUAUACAGGUGAGGCGGGAUGUGCGGGCCCUGAGGAGGAGUCCGGUAAGGGUCAUUCCCCCGGGCAGAGAGCCCAGGACUCAGAAGGAGCAGGACAGGGGAACCCCAACUCAGAAGGAGCAUAGUCAUCCACAGGACAGGGGGACCCCAACUCAGAAGGAGCAUAGUCAUCCACAGGACAGGGGGACCCCAACUCAGAAGGACCAGAGGCAUCCACAGGAGUGGGGAACCCCAAAUCAGAAGGACCAGAGGCAUCCACAGGACAGGGGGACCCCAAAUCAGAAGGACCAGAGGCAUCCACAGGACAGGGGGACCCCAACUCAGAAGUACCAGAGGCAUCCACAGGAGUGGGGGACCCCAAAUCAGAAGGACCAGAGGCAUCCACAGGAGUGGGGAACCCCAACGCAGAAGGACCAGAGGUAUCCACAGAGCAGGGGAACCCCAAAUCAGAAAGACCAGAGGUAUUCACAUGACAGGGGAACCCCAAAUCAGAAAGACCAGAGGCAUCCACAGGACAGGGGAACCCCAUAUCAGAAGGAACAGAGGCAUCCACAGGACAGGGGAACCCCAAAUCAGAAAGACCAGAGGUAUUCACACGACAGGGGAACCCCAAAUCAGAAAGACCAGAGGUAUCCACAGGACAGGGGGACCCCAUAUCAGAAAGACCAAAGGCAUCCACAGGAGAAGAGGGCCCUGGCACACAAGGACCAGAGGCAACCACAGGAGAGGAGGUCCCUGGCACAGAAGGACCAUGUAGAGGAGAAGGUGGCCCUGGCACAACAGGAGGACCAAAGGCCAGCACAUGAGUACCGCUAUCAGAAGGUCACUGAGGACAGGAGCCACAAGAAGGACAGCACAGAUGAUCAGGAUGUACCUGAGCAAGCCCUUCCAGUGGAGCUGAAAUACGAGAGAGCCCGCGCCGGAGAUAACCAGCUUGGCAAAGUCGUUUCAAUAGCGAAAUCCAAAUCUUUUCGGGAUCGUCAUGGACAGGUGUUACUGGAAGGCCAGAGGCUGCUGGUGGAUGCUAUGGAGGCUGGAGCCAUUCUACAUACAUUAUUCUUUAGCAGAGUUGAUCAGUUAAAAAUGUUGCCUUCUGAUAAACUCCAGAAAGCCAACCUUGUCAAAGUGAAAUUUCAAGACAUCGAUUUGUGGUCUGAUGUUGUUGCCCCCCAAGGAAUCAUGGGCAUUUUUAGAAAACCUGAUCACGUAAAGAUGAAAUUUCCUGAAACACAGCUGAAGAACACGUUACCGCUUUCACUCGUAUGUGACAAUAUCCGCGAUCCUGGAAACCUGGGUACUAUACUGAGAUCUGCAGCAGGGGCUGGCUGUAACAAAGUUUUGCUCACAAAAGGUUGUGUUGAUGCGUGGGAACCUAAAGUAAUCCGAGCAGGCAUGGGAGCUCACUUUCGCUUGCCAAUUAUAAACAACUUAGAGUGGGACACAGUUGGUAACUACCUCUCUGAAAAUACCAAAGUGUUUGUUGGUGAUAACUACUGGAAGACUGUUCCUCACGAGGCUGAGUUUACACCUGGGAAAGCCAUUGACUAUGGUUGGAUCUCCAAUGAUCCUAGAAGAAUCGGUUACAUUGAAGGAGAUGAUUAUUACUCCUCCGGUGAUGAGGGGGAUGAAGAAUUGCAAGAUAUUCCCAGAGUUCCUAUACAACAAUACCAUGAACAGUGGGCUAGGGGCCCAAGUGCACUUGUGAUUGGAGGGGAGACACAUGGUCUUAGUAUAGAGUCCCUGCUACUGGCUAAGAAUUCAAGAGGAAGGAGGCUGUAUAUUCCAGUUGUACCCGGCAUAGAAAGUUUAAACUCUGCUAUGGCAGUUAGUAUUCUUUUAUUUGAAGGAAGAAGACAACUACUGCAGCUAGAAAGUUCCUCCUAGCUUGCUUUUCAUUAAACAUAUCAAACAAUUAUUUAGCUCUUUCUCCACCAUAAAGAAAAACAUCAGUGGACUAGUACUUUCAUAUUAUUAAUAAAUAUAUAU